AUGGAGGCCCUGGUAGGAGCUGUGACGGGUGGAGUAGCUGCUGCUCGAUGGAGCCCAGAUGGGGAGGUGCUUUCAUUGGUGUCUGGGCAAGGCCAGCUGCUCCUCAUGAACAAGGACUGGGACACCAUAGCAGAGACAUGGCUUUUUGGCUCCAUCGAGAACCCCAUCCCUGCCCGGCCGCUGGCCGCAGAAGCCAUCCCUGACAGUGUCUGGCUGGGCUCUGAUGACGUCAGCCUUCACUGGCGAGGAGACGGCAAGUUCUUUGCCACUGCCAGCCGCGCACAGACAGGUGAGCCAUGGGUGGUGCGGAUUUGGGAGCGCGAGAGUGGCGCGCUGCAUGCAGUGGGGGAGCAUGCGCCGGGCCUGCUGGGGAAGCUGGCAUGGCAGCCCAACGGGCGCAACCUGUAUGCGGCAUGCAGGCAACCCGACGGCGCUCUGCGCGUGCUGCUCUUUGAGCGCAAUGGACUGCAGCACGGCGGCUUUGAUGAUGUGGACCAGGAGCAGCACAGGGUGCAAAUCUGGCAGCGCAUCAAUUGGCACUGGUACUUGAAGCAGGAGCUUCGCCCAUACAGUGGCUCUGAGCUCCAUGUUGCAUGGAGCGAAACAGCGCUGGCCUUAGACAUGGUCGCCAGCAAUGGGACCUUUGGCAGCGUGAAGUUCAAUGCACACACUUGCGUGAGUGAGCGGGGCACGGCGGCUGUUAUUGACGGAGCCAAAGUGUUGAUCACACCUCUGGGCCUGGCCGUUGUUCCGCCGCCCCUCAGCGCUGUCGUCCUGCUUGCGCCGGCUCCUGCCUCCUGCGUUGCCAUCAGGGACUUCACUGGAGCAGAGGCGAUUGCCAUGGUCCUAUCAGAUGGCAGGCUGGCGGUGAUCAGCUGCCUUGAGGAAGAUGAUUGGGAGGUGACAGUUGAGACACUAGCUGCCUCAGGCAAGCCGGAGGGCCCGGACGGCCUUCCUGCCUGUCAAAUAGUAAUUGACCCCCUGGACAUCCAGGCCGCAGUGUCCCUUCCGCAGGGCGGCGCUCUGCUACAGUCAGGCAAUGGCUUGCUCCACAAGUGUCAUGGGGGCAGCCUGGAAUCUCUGCCCGCCCCAGACUGCUUCCCAGAGUUCUGCCCUGUCAUGUGCGCGUCACCCGCUGGGGGAGAGCUGCCGCCCGUCUUGGGACUCUCCGACAAGGGCAAGCUCUAUUGGGGCCCGCUGCUGCUCUGGGAAGACUGCACAUCCUUUGCAGUACGCGCAGAGGGCGCCGGCGGCCCAUACUUGCUUUUCGUCACGAGGGACAAUGUGCUGCAUACACUGCCCUUUACCAGCCUGCUGAAGCCCACAGACUCGAGUCCCCAAGCAGAUACUCAUAAAAGGCCAGCAGCCAGGAAGCAGGACGGGCAGGCGCGGCACUAUGCGGACAUGCAUGCAGCCAUGCGCGGUCACGGCAUCGCGUCGACCAGCGGCCGGGAUGCCAGCGUGCGCGCCGUUGAGGCCGGCAGCCGUCUCGUGGCCGCGCCGCGCGGCGCCGACUUUGCAGUGCUGCAGCUGCCCCGGGGCAACCUGGAGACUGUCUCUCCCCGCGCCCUUGUGCUGGCCGCUCUCGCCCAUGCCCUCCUGGAGGACGAUUAUGCGGCGGCUUGGCGGUUGGCCGUUGUAAACAGAGUGGAUCUCAACCUGAUCGUGGACUAUGCAUGGCCGCGCUUCCUGGCCCACGCAUCCGACUUUGUGCAAGCAGUGGUGGAUGACCAGGCCGUGUGCGACCUGCUGGCGGCUCUUCGGCUAGACAGCGUGGCUGCCCCCGGCGGGUCCUAUGCCUCUGCCCUGCCUCACCCUAACCCUUCCACAGAGGCACCACAGGCGGUUGAGGAAGGCAAAGUGGCUGCCGUGAGCCGGGCAGUGAGUGAUGCUCUGGUCGCCAUUGAUGCGGCUGCUUACCUGCGGCCACUGGUCACAGCACGCACCACUCUGGGCGACAUCCAUGGUGCUCUCCAGCUCAUAAAGGACGCCAAGGAGGCCCAGCUCGCCAGAGAUGAAGCCCCACAGGUCAAUGGCACCGGAGAGCCUGGCGCAGCUGCAGGAGGGGACCAGGCAGCAGCUGGUGCAGGGUUUGCGAAUGGCAGCGGUGUGGAGCUGGCGGGGAUAGGAGCUCUGGGGCGGUGGCGCAGGCGUGUGGCGCGGGCCGUACCGACGGCCGAGGACGCCCUGCGCCACCUGCUCCUCUCCGUGGACGUUGAUCGCCUCUUCAGGUCUGCGCUGGAGAUGUAUGAGCUGGAGCUGGCGUUCAUGGUGGUGGCGCACAGCCAGCGCGACCCUGGCGAGUACAUGGCGCAGCUGCAGACCUUUGCAGCGCUGCCCCCGGGGCCCCUGCGCCGGCACGCCCUCGACAUGCACCUGGGCCGCUGGUGGCAUGCGCUGCACGCCCUGCUCCAAGCCGGCGACGCCCACUUCGACGCUGCCCUGCGCCUCGCCCGCGACAAGGGUCUGCUGCGGGAGCUAUUGGGAGCGUUGCCUGCCGGCGACGCGCGGCGCGCGCAGGUGCUUGAGGCAUAUGGGGAGGCGCUUGCCGCCCGCAAUCUGACAGAGGACGCAGCGCUGGCGUUCCUGGCUGCAGGCUGCCUGGAGCAGGCGUUGGCCCGGUACAAGGUGGCCGGCCAGUGGUGCAUGGCCUUCGGAGCAGGGCGGCUGGGGUGGGCGGCGAAGCAGGUGCAGGCGCUGGCAGCAGAGCUGGUGGAGGGCCUGAGCGGCAUGGGGCGGCCGGCAGAGGCCGCCACUGUGGCUGCCACCCACCUGCAUGACAUUGAAUCCGCCGUGCACCUCUUCUCCCAGGCCCACGAGUGGCGCCAGGCGUCGUACACAGCGUACCAGGAGGGGCGUGAGGACUUGAUUGAGACUGUCAUAGCGCCCGCAGCAGCCGAUGCAGCAGCCACUCUCCUCAGCCGUGCUCUGGACGACCGCAAACGCACUUGCAAGUACCUUGGCCGCCUCAAAGAGCUGAGGGAGAAGCGCGCGGCCAUGGAGGCGGCGCUGGCGGCCCAAGAGGACGGCGACGCCGACGGCGCGGCCGCGGACGACAUGUCUGACGUGUCCAGCGUCGUCAGCGGCCUCAGCGCUUACACGCAGCACAGCGCGGCCGCCACAUCAGGGCCCACCUCCACUGGCACCUUCGCACCCUCCACCGUCGGCGGCCGCCGCCCCCAACGCCGGCGCCAGAAGGGCUCCAAGGCGAACCGCAUCAGGCAGGGUGGCCCGGGAGAGGACAAGGCCCUGGCAGCCCACAUCCUGGAGCUGCAGCCGCGCGCGCAGCAGCUGGCAGAGGCCGCACAGCUGUGCGAGCUGCUCAUCAUGCUGGGCCACGAAGCAGACGCGCGCACCCUCCAGCAGGCAAGCCCAGCCUGCAUGCUGAUGUGCAUCCAUGCCAUGCAGGCUCUCUCAGAUCUCACAUCGGAGUGCGAAGCCGCCGCUGCAUACAUUCUUGCCAACGCAGACACGGUGAGGCAUACCGCAGACGACAAGCAGAGCGCUCGUCAGAAAGAGCCUGCAGGGACAGAAAUGAGCUGGAAGUGGGACAUACUGCGCCCGAUAAAGAGCGCAUUGCCUUCGUCUUGA